AUGACCACUUGCAGAUGCCUCUGCCCCAGAGCUGCCUUGUGCCCGCCCAGCUGUGGUCACCCCACUGUGUUCUUCGACAUCACUAUGGACAGCGAGCGCUCUGGCCAUGUCUCCUUCAAGCUGUUUGCAGACAGAGCUUCAAACACAGCAGAAAACUUUUGUGUUCUGAGCAGUGGGGAGAAAGGAUUUGGUUAUAAAGGUGCCUGCUUUCAUAGGAUUAUUCCAGGAUUUACAUGCCAGAAUGGUGACUUCAUAUGCCAGAAUGGUGACUUCAUAUGCCAUAAUGGCACUGGCAGCAAGCACAACUAUGGCGAGAAAUUUGAUGAUGAGAAUUUCAUCCUGAAGCACACAGGUCCUAGCCUCUUAUCCAUGACAAAUGCUAGACCCCACACAAAUGGUUCCCUGUUUUUCAUCUGCACUGCCAAGACUGAGUGGUUGGACAGCAAGUAUGUGUUCUUUGGCAAGGUGAAAGAGGGCAUGAAUAUUAUAAAAGCCACAGAGCACUUUGGGGGCAGGAAUGGCAAGACCAGCAAUAUGAUCAUCAUUACUGACUGUGGACAAAUCUAA